CUAAAUUUGACAUCUUUCCUCGAGCUUCGCCAGAGGUGGCUGCCGCAGAGGAUCAACAUAAAAAAGCAGAGCCUGUGUCAGCAUCGCACCCCGCGUUGCCUACGAAUCCACUACAUUCCCUGCUUACUUGUACAUAACCUGCACACUUAAGUCGUCUCUCUUCACCAAUGUCGUCAUCGUCGUCGUCGAAAGCCGUUAAAACCACCGUCGUCCGUAAAGCUGGAGGGCAGGUCUGGGAAGACCCAACACUCCUUGAAUGGGACCCAAACCAUUUUCGCUUGUUCUGCGGCGAUCUGGGCAACGACGUCACUGAUGAAACACUCUACCGCGCGUUCACGCCGUACCCUACACUCGUUAAGGCAAAAGUUGUUCGUGAUCACACCGGCAAGUCCAAAGGCUAUGGCUUUGUUUCAUUCCGAGAUCCAGAACAGUUUCUGCGUGCAUGGAGAGAGAUGAAUGGCAAAUAUAUUGGCAAUCGUAUCUGCAAACUGAGUCGGGCAAAAACAGAAGUCGGUCCGAGUCAGGUCACAGAGAAGUCAUUAACGUCGAAAAUCAGAAACUCAAAAUACUCAAGAAUCCGUAAUCACGGGAAUCGUGUUCAGAAAAAAAAUCAUCAAAAGCAAUCGGCUUCUUCCUUGGCAUCAUCGACUGCACGUGUUUUAGGAGACAAUAAACGCUCAUCAACAGACAGCUCCGCCUCCUGGCAGCCGAGAAACACCCAGACACAAAGAGGACGACGCUAGAUGGAUCUAAGAGCGACAUGCUUAAGGCAUCUCCAAAGAAUCAUAAACCUUUUGGUAAGUGUCCUUGUCCAACACUUGCUCGGCAAUCUUCAAAGCGAAGAGCAUAGCAGUACCAGGUCUAGAAACAAAAUGUCAGCAGCUAUAAACGAGUAACACAACAAGCCGAACGGGGUCCGGUCCAACACGGCCCCGUUCGCUGAGUGAACGCAUGAAACAUACCCUUGAGAAGUAAUAAGGUUGUCCGUCACGACGACAGACUCGUUCUUCCACUCAUAACCAGCUUCUUGAAGAUCCUUGGUAAUGCAAGGAUGGCUUGUCAAGGUCUUCACGCCCAAACCACUCGUCUUGGCGGUCAAGGAGCCAGCACAAAUCAUGGCAACCCACUUGCCGGGUUUGUUGUACAUCUCCUUGACAAUCUCCUGCACCUUCUUGUUUCCGGAAAGGGUCAAAGAGCCCUGCCAUCCACCGGGAAUGAUGGCAACAUCGUACUCCUUCACAAACUCCUCCGUAGAUUGAAACUCGGACAAACUGCGUUUGGCGUACAGUUGAAUGCCACGAGACAUGUUCACAAGGCGAUCCUUGUUAUCACCAACAUACACGGUGUCGAUGGGCGUGUUUGCACGCGUAAAAAUGCCGUAGGGAGCAGAGAAUUCAAUCUCGUCAGAACCGUCAGCGACAAAAAGACAAACUUUAACCAUUUUUUAAAGCUACAGCGCGAUGGUUAGCCACUAAAGUAUACACAUAAUGAGCAGUCAAUUCCUAACGUACUGUUUUACUUCUUCAAUUGCAAAUCUUUCCAGCUGUUUGUGGGAAAUGUGGUUUGCUCUGGGCAAGUGAAUGUGCAUGACAUGGGGUGGAUAACUACAUCGAUGAUCGACACCUCAUACGUCAGGAGAGAUCAACGUGUUGAUCGACAAUCGAUACAACUUUAUUUUGAUCUGCAGUAGAUCGUGCACGACUAAUGACCCCUUUUUGAGUUUUAAACCCUGGAGUUUCUCCACGAAGAAACUAGUAGUGAG